AUGUAUGGGCUGCCCCUACGGCAAAAAUUUACCAGGGUGCGCAACGCCCGCGACUUACGGUCAAGUUAUGACUACAUCGUCGUCGGGGGCGGCACGUCCGGCCUGACUGUCGCGGAUCGGCUCAGCGAAGAUGGCAAGACAAGUGUGCUUGUCAUAGAGCAUGGAGAUCUCGUCAACUCAUCCUUGAUUGACAAUGUUAGCACUGGAAAGCAGGCCAUGUCCGGGGAGUUCCUGUACCCUCUAUCUUCUGUCCCUCAAACUAGCAUGCGAAACCAGCUAGCCGUUGUCCUGGCUGGGAAGGUUGUCGGCGGGAGCUCAGCAGUCAACACCAUGAUGACUGUACGAGGCACAGUGGAAGACUACGAUCGAUGGCAAAGCUACUGGACGGUCAGCUCUGCUACUCCUUCCUCCACUGUUGUUUCUAACCCUACUUGGGGAUGGGUCGACCUUCUCCCGUACUUCAAGAAGGCUCUGCAUUUUGCUCCUCCAGUUCCUGAAGUUGCGGCUUCGUCCAACAUCACCUACGACGCCAGCUUCUGGGGGAACACUUCUAGUGUGUACGCGUCGUGGCCGACUUAUCAGUUUCCAGGAACCAAGUUGCUGGUAGAUGCCUUCCGCCAGAUCCCUGGCGUCGAAUUCCCCCCCGAUAGCGGAGCUGGCAAGACCGGCGUGUAUUGGUUUCCGACAUUCAUGGAUCCUCGCAGCGUAAACAGGUCUUAUGCGCGAACAGGCCACUACGAUAAUGUCAGGAGGGAGAAUUGCCAGCUACUACCAAGCACCAAGGUCCUCAAGGUCUUAAUGAACGACACGACAGCCGUGGGAGUGACGUUCCUAGGAAUGCAGAACGGAAGCGUUAUCACAACGGUCCGCGCAGGCAGAGAGGUCAUUAUCGCAGCAGGCGGCAUUCACAGCCCUCAAGUUCUUCAACGCAGCGGCAUCGGGCCUAAGAAGCUUCUCGCGUCUGCAAACAUCACCACCAUUGUCGAACUUCCUGGAGUGGGUCAGAAUUUCCAGGACCAUCACUGGGUGGCGCUUAAUGUCAACCUGAGAAACUGGACUAUUAGCCCAGCGCUAACGGAUCUGACCGAUAAUGCAACUUUUCGGGCUUGGGCAAACGCUGUGUGGGCAGCCAACAGGACAGGACCUAAUUCCAUAGCAAUCAGUAACGCCGCAGCCUGGCUACCCAUGCCGGUCGUAUCUCCAGGACGGUUCGCCGAGCUCGCUGCCCUAGUAGCUGAACAGGACCCAGCUGCGUUGCUGCCCGCAGGGACGGACCCGACGGUGGUCGCUGGGUACAAAGCGCAGCUGAAGGCAAUGUCGGCGUCGAUGGUGGGCAAAGGAACUACGUUCUUGAAUGCAGUUCUAAAAGGUGGUCCGAUAGCAGGAGCUCUCUUCAACAUGCAUCCUCUCAGCCGCGGCACCAUCUCCAUCGACCCAUCGGACCCCUUCGGCAAGGAACCGCUUGUGGACUACCGAGCCAUGACCAACCCGGCCGACGCCCUCAUUAUGGCCGAGAUGGUCAGGUUCAUGCGGCGCUACUGGUUCAAUACCACCAAUGCUGCCCUCGGUCCCGUCGAAUCUACUCCCGGCUCCCGGAUCCAGACCGACGAAGACAUCAGGAAUUGGCUGGCCGAAACCCUCACCCCCACAGAGUACCAUCCUGCCGGCGGCUGCUCCAUGCUACCUUUGAGCCUCGGGGGUGUUGUCGAUCAGCGUCUGCGCGUCUAUGGCACAAAGGGCCUGCGUGUCGUUGAUGCCAGUAUUAUGCCUACUCUUCCAGGCGCUAAUACCUGCCAGACUGUCUAUGCUGUCGCCGAGAGAGCUGCCGACUUGAUUAAGGAAGACGCGAUGGCACUGCUAUAG